AUGGUCAUGUGGUGCGUGCUUGCACUAGUACAGGGACAGACGGUGUUCGUGUCUUCCGCACACAUCGCGAUUCUGACAAAACGUCUCUCCAGCUCGACUGUCAACCCGCGACACUAUCGACGACCUAUUCUACCCCCUCUCCGCGCCCGUUCUGAACUACACCCAAAACAAACCCAUCCAGCCUUCGCUCCUCGGCCGCGUCCCAAUCCUGGCGGCGCCCACACACGAGUCUUGUCCGCUUUUGUCACCACUCGCUCGGCGACAUGUCUCCGAGCCAGAUAUGCAGCCAGCUGCGAUGGGAUCAAGCCCGUGCUCGAGCUUGCCUGCCGAUCCGUGUCAUCAAUUGCGCGUCUCCGUUUUGGCGGGCUCAAGUCUCUGCCCGCGGCAUCCCGUGGACGAAUCCUACUGGCUGUCAUCCCGAAACGCCACACGCGAGCGUACCACAUACUCCGGCGAUCCAAUUCAAAGGCGACCGCCCAGAUGGCGGAAGAGAGCGUCAAGAAGGGCAAUAUGCGGAGCUUCGACGUUGAUGCGCCUCCCCCAUUCGACGGUCGAUGGACGAGGACUGAUUUGACCAAUUAG